CCCUACUAGGGCUCCAUCUUGCCACCACCCGCGCCGACGAUCCCAACUGCAGGUACAGAGGAUUGCGCUGCACAGGCGAUAACAAGUGCUGAAGAAGAUCCAUUCGUGCUCUAUGGCGGAUCCCGAAAACCCUGCUUCGAACACUGGGUCGUUUUCAUCAGCGGGAUUUAGCACCGAUCGGCUACCUCCGGACUCGUCCGGAUCCUCUGACGAUGAUGAAGCCGCCGUCGACCUCCAUGCUCUUAGGGAUGAUGAUGCUGACGGCGAUGGUGAAAAUGGGGAGGAGGAGGAGGAGGGCGAAGAUCUCUUUAACGAAAACUACUUGAUGGACUAUCGUCAGAUGCAGAGCCAGGACCAGUAUGAAUCGAUUGGCCUGGAUGAUUCAAUGGAGGACGAGAGAGAUCUUGACCAGAUAAUGGCUGAUCGUAGAGCUGCGGAGAUGGAGCUCGAUGUAAGGGAGGGGCGCACUGCUGAUGGUAAUCGGAAAUUGCCCCGAAUGCUUCACGAACAGGACACGGAUGAUGAGGACUAUUUCAGGCGUCAAAAAAGAUAUAGAGCUGAUUUCAGACCGCCAGGUGGACCAAGAAGUGAAGAAGAUGUUGUUGGUACCCCAAGUUCACCUGGAAGAUCUGGUCCGCCCAGGACGCCUAGGGAUGAUUUGCCCACCACUGAUCAGACAGAGGAAGACACUUAUGAGGAUGAAUACGACGAUGAUGCCGAGCUAAAUAUGUAUCGCGUUCAAGGAACUUUAAGGGAAUGGGUCACCAGAGAUGAGGUUCGAAGAUUUAUUGCUAAGAAAUUUAAGGAGUUCUUAUUGACAUACGUGAAUCCAAAAAAUGAACAUGGUGACUAUGAAUAUGUUCGGUUGAUCAAUGAAAUGGUGUUAGCUAACAAAUGCAGUUUGGAGAUUGAUUAUAAACAAUUCAUUUACAUUCAUCCGAAUAUAGCUAUUUGGCUAGCUGAUGCUCCUCAAUCAGUGCUGGAAGUCAUGGAAGAAGUUGCUAACAAAGUUGUUUUUGAUUUUCACAAGAACUACAAGAAUAUUCAUCAAAAGAUUUAUGUACGUAUUACUAAUCUACCCGUAUAUGAUCAGAUUCGUAAUAUCAGACAAAUCCAUCUGAACACCAUGAUUCGGAUUGGUGGAGUUGUGACCAGGCGAUCUGGGGUUUUCCCACAGCUACAGCAAGUAAAGUAUGACUGUAACAAAUGCGGUGUAAUUCUUGGUCCCUUCUUCCAGAACUCUUACUCUGAGGUGAAAGUAGGAUUUUGUCCGGAGUGCCAAUCGAAAGGUCCUUUCUUGAUCAAUGUUGAACAGACAAUUUACAGGAACUAUCAAAAGCUUACCCUUCAGGAAAGCCCUGGAAUCGUGCCUGCUGGUAGAUUACCGCGAUAUAAAGAAGUUAUACUUCUGAACGAUCUUAUUGAUUGUGCCCGUCCAGGAGAAGAAAUUGAAGUUACAGGCAUAUAUACCAAUAAUUUUGACUUAUCGCUCAAUACCAAAAACGGUUUUCCGGUUUUUUCAACUGUUGUGGAGGCAAAUUAUGUCACGAAAAAACAAGAUCUUUUUUCAGUUUACAAGCUUACUGAUGAGGACAAAUCAGAGAUCGAAAAGUUGUCAAAAGAUCCAAGGAUUGGCGAAAGGAUUGUAAAGUCCAUUGCACCUUCAAUUUAUGGACAUGAAGACAUUAAGACAGCGAUUGCUCUCGCCAUGUUUGGGGGGCAAGAGAAAAAUGUGAAGGGAAAACAUAGAUUGAGAGGAGAUAUCAAUGUUUUACUUCUCGGAGAUCCUGGUACUGCUAAAUCCCAAUUUCUCAAGUAUGUUGAGAAGACUGGUCAUAGAGCUGUUUAUACAACAGGUAAAGGAGCCUCUGCGGUUGGCCUUACAGCAGCCGUUCACAAGGAUCCUGUUACAAGAGAAUGGACACUAGAAGGAGGUGCUCUAGUCUUAGCUGACAGAGGGAUAUGUCUCAUUGAUGAGUUUGACAAAAUGAAUGAUCAGGACAGAGUUAGUAUUCAUGAAGCCAUGGAGCAGCAAAGUAUCAGCAUAUCUAAAGCAGGCAUUGUGACUUCUCUUCAAGCCCGGUGUAGCGUCAUAUCUGCGGCGAAUCCAAUUGGUGGAAGAUAUGAUUCGUCCAAGACAUUUUCGCAAAAUGUGGAGUUAACCGAUCCAAUAAUUUCUCGGUUUGAUAUCCUGUGUGUUGUGAAGGACAUUGCUGAUCCAGUAGUUGACGAAAUGCUUGCAAAGUUUGUUGUUGAUAGCCAUGCCAGGUCACAACCAAAGGGUGGAAACAUAGAAGACAAAGCUGCAAGCAACUCCCAGGAUGAUUCACAGAGUUCAGAAAGAACAGCAGAUCCUGAUGUACUUACACAAGAUAUGCUCAAGAAGUACAUAACGUAUGCAAAAUUAAAUGUUUUUCCAAAGUUACACGAUGCAGAUUUGAACAAGCUUACUCAUGUAUAUGCAGAGUUGCGGAGAGAGUCGUCUCACGGACAAGGAGUCCCGAUUGCUGUGAGGCAUAUUGAGUCGAUGAUAAGAAUGUCCGAAGCUCACGCCAGAAUGCAUUUAAGGAGUUAUGUGACGCAGGAAGAUGUGGACAUGGCUAUUCGGGUUUUGCUAGAUUCUUUCAUCUCCACGCAAAAAUUUGGCGUUCAGAAAGCCCUACAGAAGAGAUUUAAAAAGUACAUGACAUUUAAGAGGGAUUACAAUGAGCUUCUUCUGCAUCUAUUGCGUGUGCUAAUGAAGGAUGCAAUGCAUUUUGAGGAACUCUUGGCUGGGCCAGCUGCUCACCUCACUCAUAUGGAGGUGAAGGUGGAAGAACUUAAAAACAAGGCACAAGAGUAUGAAAUUUAUGAUCUGAAACCAUUCUUUUCGAGCGCAAAUUUUGUAAACAGCAACUUUGUUCUGGAUGAAGGCCGGGGUGUGAUCAGACACCCACUUGCUAGCUAAUGUCCGGUAACUUGGCUUCGAACAAUUUCUCGGUCCUGCUAAUUUUCUCUUACUAUAACUCGGCCUAUAUUGUGAAAUAUAUUUGAUGUUUUACUGAAUGAUAUUGAUAUAUUUAGUUUUGUUUUGACA